CAUUAUUGACAAUUGAAUUUUUCGACUCGAGUGGUGUGGUGUUAUUGAGAAGUUAUUCGGCAAUAUUUAUUUAUUUGCAAGAUAAAUCUUCCCAUAAUUAUUACCAACAAGGAUGUUUUAACCUCUAGCGUUAAGCGCGUGCUACAGAAAUGGAACUAACGAUUUCAAAGAUGCGGCAUCACCGCGUGAUGUUGUGCGUGCUGACGGCCUUCAACGCCAGCUCGCUCGCCGCCGCCAUCAACCUGGUCGUCGUGCUCGACCCAGAGGACAGAAUCUCAAAGACGCGCGGAGCAGCCCUCACGGCGCUAGGGCUGGUGUACUUCGUGACGCUAUUCGAGCUGUUCAACGUGGCAGCCCUACUGACGGGCGCGGGCGCGCGCUUCCGCCACAAAUACCGGCUCAGCAUCGGAGAAGUGCUGGACAUCAGCAACAAGCUGGUGUCCGCAGUGCAGGCCGCCUUCUCAUGCGUUACUGGUGCGGUAGUGUGCGCGUGGUCGUGCACGCGCGACCUUAUGAAGUCUUCCCACUUCAUGUCGGAGGCCUAUGCGUGGUUUGGUGCUGCUUACUUCUUCUAUGACAUCUGGUCCAUGUACAUGGUACACGUGCAUAUGACAACAAACCUGGAAUACUUCAAGACAAAGCUACGGCGCGCCUCCAAGCCUGACGCCGCGCUGUCGUCGGGCGACGGAGCCGCGUCCGCCAAGAAGCCGUCCUUCCUGGCGUACUGUCGCCACGAGCCCGUCAUACUGAUGCACCAUCUGUUCAUCGGUGGCUUCGGCUUCCUCGUCAUUGUCUAUUUCCGCGGAGGCCUAGGGGACUGCGUGUUCGGCUUCGUGUACCUGAUGGAGCUGUCGACGCCCUUCGUGUCGCUGCGCGGCGUGCUGUCCCGGCUGCGGCUGAAGAACUCCCGCGCCUACUUGCUGAACGGCCUGGCGAUGCUGCUGGCCUUCCUAGUGUGCCGAGUCCUAUCUUUGCCCUACGUCUGUCUGCUAUACAGCCGCGUGGUGGGCUUGCCCUAUCUGGAGGCCAUCAAAUCCCUACCGACCGGUUGCAAGAUAUCCAUCUGCAUCCUGCUAAUACCGCAGCUGUACUGGUUCUACCUCAUGUCAGUCGGCGCCGUCAAGGUGUUCGUGGGCAAAGCCUCGCGCGGCAAGGGCGAGGCGGCCGCGGCCUCGCGAGGCAAAGCCGAGGCCGAGGCGCUCUGUGCGGGCGACGCGCACAAGCGCAGUUGAUGCAGACGCCGGCGGCACGGGCGCAGGUCGUAGUUACACUCAUAGGCGCGACGCACACCUGUAGAGAGAAGUGAAACCGAGGUCUCUCAUGAUGACAACUUAAACUCAACUUUAUUUACUUACUUGCACGACAACGAAAAUUAAGUUAAAUUAUUUAAGAAAAAACUUUUAAGGCGCGUUUGGUGAUUUUGGAAUGGAAAAAUUUUAAGGUUGCGUCACCGACAUGCGAAAUUGUGAAACGAUCUAUUUUUAACAACAAUUUUUUUUUUUAAUUUCAAUGCAUGUUAAUCGUGCUCAGAGUGCAUAUAGAUAAAAAACUAAACUAAUAUUAAUAGUUUUAAUUACAAAGUUAAUACAUAAGUAAAAUAUUAGUACAUAAUCAAAUCUUAUAAAUUAAAUAGCGAAUGGCGUGUUUUUCAGUAUCUGCAGAGUUUUGCUUUCAUUGUACUGAUUUCAACCGUAUGUCAAAGCGUAUAAAGCUGAGUUUAAGUUAUCAAAAAGACGACUCCGCUUCACUCUGUCGGUAUGCGUCAGCCCUAACGUCGCUAGAGUUAUUCUAUAAUGAUUUAUUUCAUCACAGAAUUCAGGAAGAAGGGGUAAUGGGUCGUAACCUUGGUUCUAAAUCGGCUGUUCAUAUGCAAGACACCCUGCGGGUAAAGAUGGUAUUAUUUUUACAUCUGUUGAUUUACUUAAUCCUAUCUGUAAUCUGUCGAUGGGUCACUUAGUAAAAUAAUAAAAAAUUCAAAAAGUGCAUAGUCUUGUACGAUAUACGGAACCCUUUGUUUGCAAGUUCGACUCGCACUUGACCAUUUUUAUUUCAAAAAUUACGUCGCUAAGUAACUAACCGACAGAUUAUUGAUUAAUUGAUUGUUUUAAUUUCGGCCGUAAAUGUAGUGCUAUUCUUUUCCCCACGGAGCAAUAUGAAAGAGAUAGCAAAUGUUUAAACCAAUCAUUUUAGUGUAGAGAUUGUGCACAACAAAGUUAGCUAUAACGCUAAGACUUUUUACGUAAAAGUUCCAAAGUUAUGAUCAAUUCAAUUUAUUUCCACAAAAGUGAGCUUACAGCUUGAAAACUCAUUUGUAUACUUAUCCAUGGAAAGAAUAUAGCAUAGCCCUCUUUCUGUUACGUAAUCCAUUCGAUUCAAAUGACAGAGAUAAAAGUCUCAGUGGGCGUUAACCAUUUAGAGGCACCAUGCAAUUACAAACGAAAUUAUGUUUUCAAGUAAAGUUUCGAAUGUUUUUUAAAAACAUGUUUGUGAUUGGUUGGUGUCUCAGAAUGGUUAACGCCCACUGAGAUUUUUGUCUCUGUCAUUUGUAUGGGAUUACGUAUCAGAGAGAGCGUUAUACUUGGUACUAACUUCUUUGCGUGGAUAAAGUAUAGACAAAAAUGUGAUUUUUUAGUUCAUGUACAAAGGAGCGCUUAGACAUUGUGUUACCACAAGUAAAGUUCACGUGCGCUCGGAAUUGUAAGAAGUAUAGCUUUUAACGGAUUCAAAAUGGCUGUUAAAUAUUGUUUGACUGUUAUUAUUUAAUGUUUAGUUUGUAUCGUGAGGUUGAAUCUGAUGUACGUAUAUUCCUCCUUAUUAAUCGUUGAACGACCGAAUACUUUAUAAAAGACUAGAUAAUGAACGCGACUUAGUCCGCGAGGAUUUAGGUUUUUAAAAAUAUAUGUGUAGGUAUGUUUGACAGGUCGACGCAUCACUUAUGUGUUAAAUCUAUAACUUUUUUUUUUUUGUUGUGUUCGCAAAAACUUGUGUUGAUUGCAAAAACUGGGGUAAAUUCAUACACGUACAAGUACUACCACUUUUAUAAGUUACGCCGCAGUACAUCUGCGCAGAAAUCUUACUUUUGAAUGGCGCGAAAACAUCUCAGCCAAUCAUAGCGUGCGUCCAUCCGCUAUUGGUUGUUGCUUACGCGCGAUUAUGAGCGAGAUAGCAUGAGCCUCUAUUGUUCUUGUGUUUACAAUCUUAGCGUCAAGCAAUAAGGUCUGUAUUUCAUUGGUAUACAUACGGUUUUAGUUGGCGUUAAAUUGAGCUUUUCUUGGCAAAGGAAUUUAAUUGAUGCUGUUCAUAUAAAAGUGUAGUACUGUAAUCAUUGCUGAAGGCUGCGAACUGUUGAACAAAUGGUCUUCAACAAGCUAUGUGACAAUGCGUUCGUAAUUCAAGACGCAAAUUUAUUUAUUUGAUCGCUGGUACUCAAGAACUAAAGCUCAAUUUAAACUUGAGACUACUACUUGAAACUAUAUUAUGCUCGAUACCAAAGAGGAUCCGGAUUGACUUGAAACAUUUGCACAAUAACUGUUUAUGUUAUGUUUUCUUGAUACAACCAUACUUAAUCGCAGAAAUUACAGAUAAACGCACAAAGACAAAAAAAAUGCCUAGUAAAAAAUGAUACUUAUAUGUAUAUAUUUACUUAUACUGGGUGUAACCAGAACGCUAGUAAAAAGGAAGACAGGUGAUACUGAUGAUUACUCAUAAGAUACCACAAAAAAAAACGCAAAA